AUGGGAUACCUUAACCGAAGCACUGGAGGCCUUAAUUCUAGCCAACCAUCGGCCAAUUCAUUUAUCUGGAUUUACUCAUCUUUUCAUUUGAAAAUUGCCUUCAGUCCAAAGCCUAUAUCAGAGGAUAGAGCUGGUAUCUCAUUGAUACGUUAUCCUGCACCACCGCUGACGUCUACUCAAUAUCAUCAUAAUUCAUUGCCCGCUAACGGUCAACGAACUGUAGAGAAGUCGAAUAGUGUUAACAAUGACGAACCAGAAGAUGAAUUGGAGAUUCUUUCGAAGAUAGAGAAAGCUGAAGGUUGUGAAAACUCUGAAUCAACAAAAACGGCUUCAGAUACCGCAAAAUCCGGUUCAACUAAAUCAUCGAAAGAUGAAGAGUCUAAGGCUGGAUCGAAAGUCACGGAGAAUAGAGAUAAGGCAUGA